UGCUCUCGCGUAAAAUCAUGGGAAAAUUUUUCGCCCUUGUUGCUUUCACACAGAGUAGUUACAGAAAUUGAUCGAAAUCAGAAAUCGGAAUCUGUUUUUCAUAAUUGAAAUUGCUGAGUUAUUACUGCGUAGGGUUGACCACAUUAGAAUAAUUUGAGGUUAUGAUUUUCUGAGAGGUCUUUGAAGACUUUGAAUCAUUUCCAUAUAAUUUUUCCAGCAUGAAUUACUCGGCCGAUAAUUUGUUCGAGUCUACCAGGUUAUCGGAGGACAGCUCUAGAUCCUCCGCGAGGCCAAAGUCUGUGAAUCUAAACGAAACUCGGACAGUAAACUCCGAUUUAACUGAUGACUUCACAGAUUUACUAAAUGGCUGCCACAGAUCGCAAACUGUCAAGGUAUUUCUUCGUCUCAAGCCAAGAGCACCGAAAGCGAGACGUGCCAGAAAGAUCCAAGAAGAGAUGUAUGUCGUUACCAACACCAAAACCCUCUUCACGAAAUUCCCGUCUCCGGAUAGCUGCUCAGCCAGAACAUUGAAAUCCAGUGAGGCUACAGCUAAAAAAUUCUCAUUCACUCGAAUCUUCACUUCUAACAUCUCCCAUGAUGAAGUCUAUAAAGGCAGCACGAGUGACACAAUUCUAGAUUUUUUAUCUGGUCAAAAUUCCACGGUGAUGAGUUACGGGACCACAGACUCUGGUAAGACGUUCACGCUUUAUGGCACUUUAGACUCACCUGGGGUAAUUCCUAGAAGUAUUGAAGCCAUUUUCUCAGCUGUGAAUUGUUCUCUCGCGCCGUGGUUCAAGCCUCGUCCCGGUUUUGAAGUCGUUUGCUUAGACGAGAGGGAACGGCUAGCUGAGUCCUUAGUCCGUGAUAAACUAUUAUCACAUUUGCUGACUAAAUCGAAUAGCAUCGAUACCUGGAGGGUCCUAGAAGAUUCCAGAGAGGAAGAGUACAGAGAACCUGUUGGAGAGGCUUUGUACUCUGUUUGGUUGUCUCUUGCUGAAAUCUAUAAUGAAAAUAUUUACGAUUUGUUUGCGGAAAUGGAUGAUGACAGGUCUACACCCCUGAAAUUGGGGACUGAUAAGCAGGGAAGGUCCUUCAUCCCCGGACUUACUAUGGUCUGUGCCAAUACUGGAUUAGAUGCUUACCAGAUUCUUCUGACCGGACAGUCGAGACUGAGGGUGUCGUCGACGCCAUUAGACCGAGGAAGUUCUCUCUCUCAUUCCAUUUUUUCGAUCAUUUUGUUGAAGUACUUUAAAGAAUGCGCUGUCGAUGACGUUGAAGUAAGUACACUGACCUUCUGUGAUCUAGCUGGAGCUGGAAGAAACAAGCUUAAUGUUGCUGCCAAUGCAGACUCCUCGAAGGAAGCCAGGAACAUCAAGACUGGUCUUCUAGCACUAGGGAAAUGUCUUCAAAGUGUUCAUGAUCGCCAAUCUGGCAAAUCGAAUUCUGAGAUUGUUGUGCCUUUUCGAGAAUCAAAACUGACGAGACUGUUUCAGAGGUGUCUGUCAGGUAAAGAGCAAUUGACCAUUAUUGCUCACGUGAAUCCAUCUCCAGAGUUCUACGUUGAAAAUCAACGGAUUCUGCAUUUGUGCUCGAUUGCGAAGAGAAUCAUUGUGAUACCCGCGAAGGGGCUGGAAAAAAAAUCGAGAUCCCAGUUGAUAAUGCCAAGUCACACAAAGAAUUCAGCUACAAAAAGCGAGGAAAAGUUUGUGAAACUUGAGGAUAAAUGCAGAGAACUGGAAGACCAGAAUUCAAUCCUUCUGAAGGAGAUUGCAAUGUUGAGGUCGAAUGCAACAACUCGAGAGUUGGAAAUUCGAGAAGAGAUGGCGAACUUUUGUUCUGCGAUGAUGAAGAAUAUGGAGACAAACUGGAGGAUGCAGGCACAAGCGAUCGAAGAGGAUCAAGAACACUUACUGAAAUGGUCGGUGAAGCAAGUGGAAUCGUUUUACAAGAAAAAAAUUGACAGUCUGACCAACAGAAAGAGAAGGAGAAGAGAUUCCGGUGAUGAGUUGAAUGAGUCUCAGUCAGCAUUAGAUGUCCUUGAAGCUGAGAAUUCUCGAAUCACAACGAAAUGCACGUCUCUAAAGGAAAUAGUAAAAAAUAGGAAAAAGGAAUGUGAUGUUCUGAAGGCAGAGAAGAACACUUGUGCCUUUGAACUAGGUCUUGCCAAUGAAGAACUGAGACAAAUCAGAGAUUAUCUGUCCUCCGUACAUGAAUGCCCUUUAUUCGAGAAGAAAGACUUACUUCAACACCUGAAGCUAGUCCUAUUCCAGAAGAACGAGAAAAUCAGAUCUCUUGGAGAAUCAUUGAAGGAAUUCAUGAAGAAUCAAUCACGUGAACAGAUUGAAGAAGAGGAUCCCGAGAAUGAGUCCCAGAACACAACGGACGAAGUUAAUAGUAUAUUUGUUGGUGAAUCAAUGCACUCACACUUGUCAGAUUCCAACGGUGAUACGAUCGAACCUGAAUCAUCUUUAACAAGUAUCAGAACUGUCGAAAAUUGUCCGCAGUUUGGAACUCUCAAGCUAUCCUCUAAGAUCAAUCGAAAUAUUUUCGAAACAAUCGAUAAGACCUUGGACUUGAUAAAAAUGGACAGGCAAACGGACUCUGGAAUCGGUGUGAGUUGCAGAAUGUCCUCCAGCACCGGAAACAGCAUAAUAAUCGAGAGGGAAGACAAGAGCAUUCAGACAUUAGCACACUCAGAAUUAGAAGACCCGAACAAAGAGAUUGAACAAAAAGUGAGUCAAUUAAAAUCGGACUACAAAGCUCUACAAUCGGAGCAUCUUGAAGGCUCGAUUCGCAUCAAUGAGCUAUCGAGAGACCUCGAGAAUAUUCGCCGUGUGAUGCAGAAUCUCAAGGAAGUGAUGUGCCAGAGUGAUCAGAAGAUCGUUGAAUAUCAACUGAAACUCGCAAGCCAAGAGGUUGACCUAGAAAACUUGAAGAAAUGCAAUAUCGAGUUGGAGAGUAAACUCUCAAAAGCAUACUUGGACCAAGAGAAGUCCUCCCUCCAGUGCAUAACAUGCCACAUCCACAGGAUUAAUAAACUCUCAUCGGAACUUGAAGAUAAAACUAAUACGAUAAAUUCUUUGAAUGAAAGAAUCUCAACCAUUGAACGCGAUUUACAGAUGGUGCACAAUUUGGAAGACAGAGUCAGUGAUUUUUCUGUUACUCUUGAGAAGUGCAAACGGGAGAAGGAGGAAUUGAGGGAGGAAUUGCAGAAGCGUCUGCGGAGCCAAUCGUCUCUGGAGUGCAGGCUAAAGUUAUUGUCGACGAGGGUGCAGGACAGGGAAAAUGAAAUCACGUCUCUGAGGACGGAUUUGGCUGGUAUGGCGAGAAUGAACACAGUGAAUGGUGAACGGGUGAAUGAAUUGGGUGAGGGUAUUGCCAAUGCACUAGACAAGUUGACAACAGUCAAGGAGGAGAUGAGGCGAUCGGAGGUAGAGAGGAGAGAGCUCGAACGUACCUCAUCCCAUGAGAUUUCCAAUCUUGCUGCGCGCUUCAAGCGAAGCACAGCUAUGCUCAAUAUGAUUCAUGAAGGCAAUGACGAUUCUAGAUGUGAAUUGGCAAGAGUGAAAGAAUUGUUAUUGAAGAAGGACCGACAGAUCGCCUUGUUCAAGAGAAAUAGCGAGAGUACAAUUCGAAGAUAUGAACUGCUAGUUCGAAAACUUCAGGGAGACGUUGAACGAAAUAAUCGGGAGUUGCUGCGUGCUAGAGGACAGUCAAAACGUGCGAUAUCAAAGGAAUCUUUGGAAUCGGUUAGGCAAGAAACUUUGGGGCAAGUUUAUGGAAGUUCAGUUUUGCAGGACUCUUUGUUUAAAGGUAGAAGUUCUAGAAGAACGCUUAAUGUCAAAAAUAGAGGGUCUAGGUAUUAUUGCAGAUUGACUUGCUCAGCGAAACGAUUGAGCUCGCACAUUGUUACUUCGUUAACCUCCCUGGCGAGCUCCAAAUCGAAUAAUUCCAAAGUUGCGAAUAGUGAGGAACUUAUACCUCAUAAGAGGAAGAGUAGCACUCGUUUCGAACUGCUGCAAGCAGAUCCUGGAGAACUACUUGUUCCCUCAGAAGUCACAACUCCUAGUGUAACAUCGAGCAGUGAUGAUUCGAGUACUGACUACAAAGACCUGUCAAACUGGAUGAGAGUUAAACGAACCAAUGGUCGAACGCAGUUCAUGAUUCAUCAGUCAGAGAUAACCUUUGAGAAUGCGAUUAAAAGGUCAAUCUCGGAAAGUUAAAUUAGAGAACUUGCAGUAACAAAAAUCCACGAAUUUCAUGAAAAAAAAGGUUGCAUUUUGGUAGUUCUUUUU